GCCCUAUUAACCGUUCUACUUGUUAAAUUUCGCAUGUAGGAUGCGCAAUAAUUUCGUCAUUCGAGCGAGGUCCUACACCGAGCGCCAAGAUGCGUUCAAGAUGCAGAAAGUGCUGAAAACGGUAACUGCAAUCGGCGCAGACUCGAGUGCCGAGCCCGUCCAGUCCGCUUAUUUCACUCUCAGGUCUCCGGUGCAAAGUGAAACGUAUUCGAAUACGUUUUCCACUCACAGCGCGUCCAGCAUUGGCAGUGAGCAAUCAACGUUUCAAGUGCAGAAUAGCAUCACCCAGAGGCCUGACUCCGGCUUGCCACCGACCCGCUUUGCCGAGACCAAAUACGCCGCUUCCAGUGCUGACUGUCCGAUAACCCACCAUUCACCCCACAGUAUUGUGGAGGGAGAGGAGUCACUCACAGCCCUGGCCAUGAAUAGCGCGGGAAUUGACAUCAGUGGCGAUUGCUUACUAUCCGACGUCACACCACGCCUGGUGACCAGGCGGGCAUCACUCACACAGCAAUUUGGUACUGGGGAGACCACUCUCGAGGCUCAGCGACUGCUGCAAGAGAAGAAACGCGGGCACCGACGUUCUCGAUCCGAGAACUCCAUCUACUCGCCUUGUCAGCAUGACGGUUGUGGAGUCAACUGUGCGGUGACUGCCGGGCGGGAAUACAGUAAAUCGAACCCGGCAGAGGCAGCCAAGCAGAGUAGACUGGCUAGGAAUGUCUCACUUAUGAAGGGAACGAAGUCUAUUCGACGGGCUGUCCGGCGACUAAGGAGCUUCCCCAGCCAGGGCAAAUUGGCCCGUAAAGCCAGUAUGAAGACGUCGUCGAAACUCGGAAAGAAAGACAAGGUGUAUAGUAGCGAGCAGAUUGAUGAGGGGGAAGACGCACGUAGAAACAUUGAUAUUUCAUACGAAACAGAUACUUCAGAAUGCGAUGAUUCCGAGCUGGAUGCGGUUGGAACGUUGUCACGUCGCUUGAGUUCUGAACUUGAUCUGGAGGAUCUAUUGCUUUGUCUGCCAGACGAUGCGGAAGAAAUUAGAAGAAUGGAUUUGUUUGAAAACCAGGGUGGUGAAUAACGUGACAGACCGUUAAAUAAUAAAUACCUCAACAGGGCUAUGAUCAGA